AUGACCAACACUUGCUCCUCGCUGGACAACUCGACGCCACUCGAUGAGUCAGUGGUUGUCAUCAACAAGCGACAAUGGAACGUCCAGGCGUCCGAGUUCUCGAAGCUCUGUUCAAAUCCGAUUCGAGAAAUCGUCGACAACAUCAAGAAACCGGCAGCCUCUGCUUCGACCAAGAAGUUGAUUCCCCUAUCGCUUGGUGACCCCACCGUAUUCGGCAACUUGCACUGCCCUGACGUUCUGGUCGACGCUAUCGUUCGCAACACUCGCUCUAUGCAGCACAAUGGCUACAUCCACUCGGCUGGCUCCGAAGUCGCCCGUGCUGCGAUUGCUGAGCACUUUGGAAGACCCGAAGCCCCAUUGACGACGGAUGACGUCAUCAUCACGAGCGGGUGCUCGGGUGCCAUUGAGAUGGCUCUCCAGGGCUUGUUGAACCCGGGUGACAACAUCCUGCUUCCGAAUCCGGGGUUCCCAUUGUACCGAGCGCUUUGUGCAGCGUACAAGAUCGAGUGCAGAUUAUAUACCCUCAAACCGGAGACCAACUGGGAAGUUGACCUGAAGCACAUGCAAACACUCAUCGAUGAUCGGACCAAGGCUAUUCUAGUGAACAACCCUUCGAAUCCGUGUGGCAGUGUCUUCUCCAAGUCCCACUCGGAAGAGAUCCUCGAGGUCGCGGAGCUGAACAAGAUCCCUAUCAUCACGGAUGAAAUCUAUGGCGACAUGGUGUUCGGCAACAACGCGUUCUACCCCAUGGCGUCGCUAACGACGACGGUCCCGGUCGUUACUGUGGGCGGCUUGGCAAAGCAGUUUUUGAUCCCCGGCUGGAGGGUCGGCUGGAUCACGGUGCACGAUCGCAACAACGUUCUAGCCGACGUGCGUACGGCCUACUUCAAGUUGUCGCAAAACAUUCUUGGAGCGAGCUCACUGGCCCAGAGUGCAAUCCCAGCUUUGCUCACGCCUGUUCCUGGAAGCAUCGAAGAACAGUCGUUGACCGGCUUCAAGAAGCGGUUCUUUGCAACGUUGGAGGACAAUGCCAAGUUCACGAUCGACGUUCUCUCCAAGAUACCGGGCCUGGAGGUGGUCGUCCCUCAGGGCGCAAUGUAUGCAAUGGCAAAGAUACGAACGGACAUCUUGACCACGAUCAAAGACGACCUCGACUUUACGCAGAAGCUGUUGGAUGAAGAAUCCGUGUUUGUCUUGCCUGGACAGUGCUUCGGGAUGACUGGCUACUUUCGCAUUGUGUUCUCCGCACCACAUGACGUGCUCGCCGACGCUUACAUUCGCCUCGAGGACUUCUGCCGUCGUCAUCAGUGA